UGAGCCAGCCAGGGAGUUGUGCUCAUGCCAUGUAGGGGAUUGAAAGAUGCUUAAAAUGAAGGAUCGAAGCAGUGACAUUUUAAAGAAAUUCUGUUAUAAACGGAUUCAAGUAAAGAUGGACCAACUAAAGCUACCUUCUUGAGCUCCAGGAGGAGAGGGUGUGUUUUCCCUCGCGGAGAGUUCCUCUUGUGACUCCAGCUGCUUGAUUGCCCUUCUACGCCGCCAACAUGCCAGUUCUCGACCGAGACGCCUCCAAAGAUUCAGGGGGCCGAGAUGCUCUGCCAAAGCUGCCGGUGCCCAACCUGAAAGACACACUGGACAGGUACCUGAGGUGCAUGAAGCACCUGCUCACAGAAGAACAGUUCAACAAGACGCAAAACAUAGUGACGGAGUUUGGAGCCCCUGGAGGAGUGGGGGAGCUACUACAGAGCAAACUCACGGAGAGGAGCGAAAACGUGGCAAACUGGGUUUAUGACUACUGGCUGAAUGAUAUGUACCUGAACAACAAACUUGCUCUACCUGUCAACUCAAGUCCUGCAAUGGUUUUCCCACAGCAGAACUUCAAGGCUCCCAUUGACUCUUUAAGAUUUGCUGCACACUUAAUAUCUGGAGUUUUGGAGUACAAGACUCACCUUGAUGACCGUGACCUGCCUGUGGACUAUGCCCAGGGCCAGCUGGCAGGAACGCGUCUGUGUAUGGAGCAGUAUUAUCGUCUCUUCACCUCCUACCGUCUGCCAGGACCUGAGAGGGACACUCUCGUAGCACAGGAGAGUAGCGUGAUGCCAGAACCUGAACAUAUCAUCGUGGCAUGCAAAAACCAGUUCUUUGUGCUGGAUGUGAUGAUCAACUUCCGGCAACUGAAUCAAAGAGAUUUGCUGACUCAGCUGGAGAAGAUUGUCAAGAUGGCUGACAACGAAGAAGAGCAGCUCCCUCCUAUAGGGCUUCUCACUUCAGAUGGACGGACAGAGUGGGCUGAGUCUCGUAGUGUACUAAUGAGAGAGUCUACCAACAGGGAUUCGCUGGACAUGAUUGAGCGUUGUCUGUGUCUCGUCUGUCUGGACGACGCAAGUGGACCUGCACUUAGUGACACUAAACGAGCCAUGUUGAUGCUGCACGGAGGUGGAUUGACAAAGAAUGGAGGCAACCGCUGGUAUGAUAAGCCAAUGCAGUUUAUUGUAGGAGCUGAUGGCUGCUGUGGAGUCGUGUGUGAACACUCUGCAUUUGAAGGAAUUGUCCUUGUGCAGUGCACAGAGUAUCUCCUCAAAUGCAUGAUUGGGAGUCCAUCAAAGCUGGUCAGAGCUGCAAGUGUGAGCGAGCUGCCCGCGCCACGCAGACUCCGCUGGAAAUGCACUCCUGAAAUUCACAAGCUCAUCACGUCUGCUGCUGAUAAACUCCAGAGAAUGGUAAAAAAUCUGGAUAUGAAUGUUCACAAGUUCCAUGAUUACGGGAAAGAGUUUAUCAAGAAGCAGAAGAUGAGUCCAGAUGCCUACAUCCAGGUUGCUCUUCAGUUAGGCUUCUACAGGUGUCAUGGCAGACCGGUGUCCACCUAUGAGAGUGCUUCUCUACGUCGUUUUCAGCAAGGCAGAGUAGACAACAUUCGCUCAGCAACACCUGAAGCCUUUGCCUUUGUCAAAGCAAUGACUGAAGGGAAAAACAGCACAAGUGACACAGAAAAGAUGGAACUGUUGAAAGGAGCCAUAACUGCACAGACCAGUUAUACACGUCUGGCUAUUACAGGGAUGGCAAUAGACAAUCACCUACUAGGGCUGCGUGAAAUUGCACAUGAAAUGAAGAUGGGGAAGCUCGAAAUGUUCAAAGACGAAGCCUAUCUCAUCAGUAAUCAGUUCAUUCUCUCUACAAGUCAGGUUCCCACUACUGUUGAAAUGUUCUGCUGCUACGGACCCGUGGUUCCAAACGGAUACGGCGCGUGCUACAACCCUCAGUCAGACCAUAUUAUCUUCUCCGUGUCCAGUUUCCAUGAGAGCCAACAGACAUGUUCAGCAGAAUUUGUAAAGUGCUUGGCGCAGGGACUUCGGGACAUAAGGGAUCUGUGCAAUAAAUGCAACGCUGACUGCGCUGCCACGGAGGAAAGAAAGGGCCAGACACAGGAGGCACACACACAGACCGAAACAAAGUGGGAGGAAAAAUCACCCCAGAGACCAUCUGAUUUGACUAAAAACAAGCAAACAGUCCCACAGGUUCUGGUGAAGACAACAGACCAGAGUAGCGUGGAGGCCCAAACUCAGACGCUAACACACGGAGAGGCGCGACCUCUGAGAAAAAUGAGUAAAUCAUAGGAAACUGUCAGUGCCUGUGGUAAUAGUGGUGGUGUGAUAUUAAAUGUGUUUUUCUGUGCUGCAAUAAUGUAAUAGUAAGUCAAUUUUAAAAUAUACACUGUACAAGCUGUGAUACAAAAUGUCAUGUAUAUAUUUAUUGUUGUAAUAGAGGAUGCUUUUUCCAGGAAUUGAAAUGUGGCUACUACAGGGUACAUGUAGCUGAGAGUUAGUGCCAGACGAAUGGGUAAACCUGACAUGAAUCAGCCAAAGAAAGAAGUUCGUUUAUUGCUGGCCAGCAGACCUUAGAGUUAAGGUUUGUGGGAAAUAUUAAAAAAAGGAAUAAUGAGAGAUGCAAACACUGGAGUUUCAUUUGUAUUAUUAAAUGUCUGCAUCAUCUUUGGUGUCAGUCAGUUUGAAAAAGCAAAAGCAGGCUGUGAGUUAUGCCAAACGGCUGAUUGUCUCACAGUGUCAACCUGCAAAUUGCAUGCUGCUAUCUAAUGAUUUUCUGAAGACCAGAAAACAGCAAUCUUCUCCUUGUGUUGUCUUCAUAAAUUCUUGUGUCUGUUGUACCAGUACUGUGUGCCAAUACAUCUGCUCAAAAAACAAAGUAUCCUUUUAUAAAAUCCUCUUCAUACUCUUCUGUACUCCUUAUACUGGGACUCACACUGUGCUUGUGUACAUAAUAAAUCCAAUGUAGCCGUCCAAGAUUUUAUAAGGAUACUUUAUAGUUAGCCUAAAGAAUGUUAAGUUGAACCAAAUGUGUAAAGUUUUGAGCAGAAUAUUUCAAUUAAGUUAUUUAUUUUUGUAUCAUAUAUAAAUAUAUCUAUAUAUAUAUAUAAUGUUAUAGAGAAGAACUCUGAAAAGUAAAUAUAUAAAGGUUACUAACCAAAGGUGUUCACUGUAUUGAUGGCUGUCAAAGUACUAUAAUUAA